AUGGACUAUAUCCACGCCGCGUCAUGGGUCCAGAACCAUAAAGCCGCCCUCUGGUGUAUCCCAUGGGGUCUCUCGAUCCUAUGGGCAGUGCUUGGCCUUGUCGUCGUCGGAUAUGGGUAUGCCGGUGGCUGGUGCUGGUUCACCAGUGAUCGUGUCCGACUCUUUGUGAACUUCAUCCCACGAUGGACUAUCAUCCUUGUCAUUCUGUGCAUUUACACCCGACUAUGCGUCUUCCUCUACCGGUCUCAUAAAGCCCUCUCGAGCGACCAGGAAGUCACUCUGCAGAUGCCGCAUCCACACCAAUGGCAGCUCCUGGAUAUCGGUGACGGGCCUAGCCAUACUUCUCAUUCGUCAAUUCCGCUUAAGAAGGUUAGUCACUUGAGUAUCGGCGUUUCCGGUAUUAAGCCGAUGACCGAAUAA